AUGUGGCCACGGAGUUUUAGCACUGCAACCAAUGCCUCUACCGCACUGAAGAACAAGAAAUGGGACGCGCUGGUGAUCGGCGCCGGCCACAACGGCUUAACAGCUGCUGCUUAUUUAGCUCGCUACGGCCUCUCCGUUGCGGUUCUUGAACGCCGCCACGUCAUCGGCGGAGCUGCUGUGACAGAGGAGUUAAUUCCAGGCUUCAAGUUCUCUCGCUGUAGUUAUCUCCAAAGUCUCCUCCGUCCUUCACUCAUCAAAGAGUUGGAGUUAGAGAGGCAUGGAUUGAAGUUGUUUAAGAGGAAUCCGUCGUCGUUUACGCCGUGUUUAGAUGGAAAGUAUCUUUUAUUAGGGCCUGAUACACAUUCGGAGAUUUCUAAGUUCUCUGUUAAUGACGCUAAUGCUUACCACAGAUACGAGAAGCAGCUAGAGAAUUUCUGUAAGUUGAUGGAUCCAUUGUUGGAUUCACCACCACCAGAAACUGCGCAAAAUGUAGCGUCUUUUAAUGAUCGAUUGAAAGACAGAAUUCAAAAAUCGGCUUUUUGGGCAAGAUUUUUGCGGCAAGCUCUCUCAUUAGGGCAAAAAAAUUUGGUGGACUUUAUGGACCUUUUGUUAUCUCCGGCUUCGAAGGUUUUGAAUAAAUGGUUUGAGACGGAUGUCCUAAAGGCAACUCUUGCAACAGAUGCUGUGAUAGGUUCUACAGCAAGUGUCCAUACACCAGGGAGUGGAUAUGUUUUGCUACAUCACAUGAUGGGAGAAACUGAUGGGGAUCGUGGAAUUUGGUCGUAUGUCGAAGGUGGGAUGGGCUCAGUAUCCUCUUCUAUUGCUAAUGCUGCUAGGGAAGCCGGUGCUCAUAUUGUGACAAGUGCAGAGGUUUCACAAUUGAUGAUCAAGGAUUCUGGCACAGUGAAUGGGGUAUUACUGGCUGAUGGUACAGAAGUUUUCUCUCCAAUUGUUCUGUCAAAUGCCACUCCUUAUAAAACUUUCAUGGAGUUAGUUCCUAAUAAUGCCCUUCCUGAUGAUUUUACCCGUGCCGUGAAGUACUCUGACUAUAGCUCUGCAACUACAAAGAUAAAUUUAGCUGUUGAUAAACUUCCCCAAUUUCAGUGCUGCAAGUUGAAUCACCCUGAUGCUGGUCCUCAGCAUAUGGGCACUAUUCAUAUUGGUUCAGAGAGUAUGGAGGAGAUUGAUUCGGCUUGUCAAGAUGCUGUCAAUGGGGUACCAUCAAGAAGGCCAGUUAUCGAAAUGACAAUUCCUUCUGUAUUGGACAAAACUAUUUCUCCUCCUGGUAAACAUGUGAUCAACUUGUUUGUUCAAUACACACCCUAUAAGCCAUCAGAUGGAAGCUGGGGAGAUGCUGCUUAUAGAGAAACAUUUGCACAAAGAUGUUUUAGCUUGCUUGGGGAAUAUGCCCCAGGGUUCAGCUCAUCAAUCAUUGGCUAUGACAUGUUGACUCCACCAGAUCUUGAACGGGAAAUUGGUCUUACAGGAGGGAAUAUAUUCCAUGGUGCUAUGGGAUUGGAUUCUCUUUUCCUCAUGCGACCAGUGAAAGGAUGGUCAAGCUAUAGGACCCCUCUCCAAGGACUGUAUGUGUGUGGAAGUGGAACCCAUCCAGGGGGUGGUGUGAUGGGUGCACCAGGGCGUAAUGCUGCGCAUGUAGUUCUUCAAGAUGUUAAAAAACCUUGA